GCAUAUGACCAAAGAGAAGUCGGCAUAACCUUCAAGCCCUUCAAAAACAGAAACAAAUGGAGGACGUCUCUGAACUUCUUCUUCUCAGAAUCUUGCCUUCUCUUGCUCUUCUUGGAUUACUUUCCUUCAUAUUCCACAUAUGCAGAACAAUCUUGCUUAGGUCGUACACAGUGAAGAGGAAGCUACACAUGCAAGGUAUCAAAGGGCCUUCUCCUGUUUUUCUUUAUGGGAAUCUCGUUGAGAUGCAGCAGCUCCAGCUCAAGGCAAGGAAACAUGUUUCUCCAAGUCAUGCUCAGAUUGUAGCUCAGGAUUACAAUUCCAUUGUUUUCCCUUACUUCGACCACUGGAGAAAAGAAUACGGUCCAAUAUACACAUAUUCAACAGGGUUUAAGCAACAUUUGUAUAUUACCGACCCUGAAUUAGUGAAGACCAUGAGCCUUUGUAAUACUUUGGACUUAGGCAAGCCUCCUUAUGUGACUAAGAGAUUUGCACCCAUGUUCGGCAAUGGCAUUAUGAGGUCCAAUGGUCACUUCUGGGCUUUACAAAGGAAAAUUGUCGCACCAGAAUUUUUCAUGGCCAAAGUCAAGCAGACCAUGGUAGGGCUAAUGGUGGACUCAACACAGCCAUUGCUAAGAGAGUGGGAGGAGAGAAUUGAAAUCCAAGGUGGUCUCCAAGCAGAAAUCACAGUUGAUGAUGAUUUGAAAGGCCUCUCAGCUAAUGUCAUUGCAAAAGCUUGUUUUGGUAGUUCUUAUUUCAAAGGGAAUGAGAUUUUCUCCAAGCUUAGAACUCUCCACAAAGCCCUUGCCCACAGAAGCACCCCUUUUGGCUUCACAUGUUUUCGCAAAAAUUAUAAAGAGAUCAACAGGUUGGAAAGAGAGAUUGAGUCCUUAAUCUGGGAUACAGUUCAAGAACGCCAAAAGCAGGGCUCAAUGAAGAAGGAUCUAAUGCAGCUAAUACUUGAAGAGGCUGUCAAUAAUUCUAAUGGAGGGAAGCUUUCUCCAAGGAAAUUUUUAGUAGAUAAUUGCAAGAGCUUAUACUUUGCCGGACAUGACACAACUGCUAUUUCUGCUUCUUGGUGUUUGGUUCUUCUUGCUUUACAUCCAGAGUGGCAAUCUAGAAUCCGAGAAGAGAUCACUCAGAUUUGCAAUGAAGGAUCAGUAGAUGCAAAUUCAUUGCCUAACUUCAAGAUGGUCACCAUGGUGAUUCAGGAGGCCAUGAGACUGUUCCCACCAGCAGGAUUUGUAGUAAGAGAGGCACUUGAGGAGGUCCAAAUUGGAAACAUCACAAUUCCAAAGGGCGUGUGCAUAUGGACUCUGAUUUCAACCUUGCACAGAGAUCCUACCAUGUGGGGACCAGAUGCUAACGAGUUCAGGCCUGAAAGGUUCGCUGAUGGGGUCUCAAAAGCUUGCAAAUUUCCCCAAGCUUAUAUCCCAUUUGGACUGGGGACUCGUCUGUGUGUUGGUCGAAACUUUGCCAUGGUGGAAUUGAAAAUUGUUAUCUCCUCCAUUGUAUCAAAGUUCAAAUUCUCGUUGUCUCCCAAUUAUGUUCAUUCUCCCGUUUUUAGAAUGCUUGUUGAACCUCAACAUGGUUUACAGCUUCUAAUCCAAAAGGCUUAGAAGAUUAGUUGUGUUGGGAAAUACAUUAGCAGAUAGACUAAACUGUGUUCAUAAUUGUGUUUAGCGAUAAUAUUUAGUAUUUAAAUUAAAUUAAUC